AUGGACCAGCAACUGAAGAAAAGGGCAAAGACACAAGAAGGGAAAGGCCUGGGUAGAAGAGCCGUCGUCGCUGGGGAUAAGCCACAGCGAGCCCAGGCCAGCCCAGCCCGGCAGGAAUCUCUCGACAUGACGUGGGCCUUAGGUGGUGAAGAUGUGUACUGUGAGACUUGCCAUCAGCUUGUUGGAGAGGAUUCCUUCUGCGACUGUUACAUAGAAUGCAUAAUAAGAGGUGAGUUUUCUGAACCCAUCCUGGAAGAAGACUUACUUCUUAAGUCCUUUGACUGCCUGACAGAAGGAUCAGAACAAGACCUUUCUCAACAGCUUCUUACCGCCAGCUCUCUUCUCGAAUGUUCUCUGGAAUACGUGAAAACAGGGGCAAAACAAGACCUUCCCCAAGAGACUGUUGGCGAGAAUUCACUUCUUGGGUAUCCUGAGUACAUGACAGGCAAGAGGCUUCCUCCUGGAGGAAUAUCCAGCGUUGACUUACCAGAUCCCCAACAGCUCUCAGAAUCUGCUAGAAAGAAGCCAGGAAAAAAUCAAGAAUGUGAUGCUCCAGAAAAAAUUGUUUGUCCUCAGAGCGGAUGCACAAAAAAGUUGAUGAAUAAGGCUUCCCUGAGAAAGCAUCUCCUCGUUCAUGGGCCCCGAGAUCACAUAUGUGCAGAAUGUGGGAAAGCGUUCAAUGAGAGCACAAAACUAAAAAGGCAUUUCCUGGUUCAUACUGGAGAGAAGCCAUUUCAGUGCACUUUCGAAGGGUGUGGAAAACGCUUUUCCCUGGACUUCAACUUGCGUACACAUGUACGCAUCCACACCGGGGAGAAACGUUUUGUGUGUCCCUUCGAAGGCUGUCACAAGAGGUUUAUUCAGUCAAACAACAUGAAAGUUCACAUCUUAACUCAUGCAAAGACAAAAGGGAAUCAAUGA